AUGGUCGCCUGGAAGACCAUCCAAUCCCUCGCCAUCUUCUUCGGCCCUCUACUCCUCCCCAAAGCAAUAGGGUACUACCGCGCAAUCCGCUCCCGACCAGCCUCUCAAAUCAAACCCCUCCCCACGACAACCUCCUACGCCCUAGGCGUCCUCUUCCUCUCCGGAGUCCUGGCCUUCCUCUCCACCCUCCCCGUCUUCCACCCGCAGAACAUCUUCCGCCUCACUUCCUCCCGCCUCCAGACCAGCGCCGGUGUUCUGCUUUCCCGUCUUUCCGCGCACCACCCGCCUACGGCGCAGGAUGAGAAACUCCGCCAAGUUUUCGACGCGGGGGGUCUAGACGCCCGACUUCUCUAUGCCCGGUUUGGGCCGAACACCCUCACCACUUGUCCCUUUGCCACGCCCAAUGAUCGAGAUGCAGGACAGAUGUACCUCCUCUACGCCGCGCCUUCGCUCUUAGCUCCGCACUUGCUGCAUCUCAUCGCGCUUGGCAUAGCAACAUCGCGCAGCCUCUCCGGCAUGGAAGGAAGCAAAUGGUGCACCGUAGCCACGAUCACAGGCCUGCUGUUGGGCGCUGCAGAGCUCUACUACGUCGCCAACUACGACUCCACGGCCAAUGCGCGGAGCACGAGGCUUGGAGAGGUGGACUUCGCCUACUGGAAGAUGCACGUCUACCGCGGGCUGGCUAUUGCUACCUUGGAUGCCGUGCUGGGAUGGGUGAUCUGGUUGCAGGCGACUGGACGCGCUUUUCUGACGCCUCCUGCGCCAGCCGAAAGAAUCGGCAAUUCUGCGCGGGUGUUUGAGGGUGUGGUGGGCAAGGCGCGAGGACUGGGCAUCAUUCGUAAUGGAGUAGUGAGGAACGCAGAUAUGCGGCGGAAAGUGGACGGCUACUGGGUGAAGGAAGGAGAGGUCAUGAAAGAUGUCUUUGAGGAGCCGGAGGUGCUGGAGGCGCAGCGGAGCGCGUUACGAAGAUUGGAUCUGGUGAGGGUGGGAAGGGAGGCGGAAGGGUUCUUGAACGGCUUGUUUGGUACUGUGGAAGCGGUACAGCCAGAAGCACAGGUGUCCGGCAUGGAAGGAGCGAUAGCAUCAUAG